UUAAUCUUGCCGACUACUACCACUCACUAUAUAUCGAUCUAUUUUCGUUACAGUGUCUCAAAAGUGGCCGCCGUCCCGGUGUGCCGUCCAGCCGGUAUAGAUAGCGCUAUACACUCCUUCUCUCCGCUCGCGCGCCAUUCGAACUCCACUUGUACACGACAGUUAUUUUCGACACAGACCUUGGAUACUAGCACGACCUUCUUAUAAUCAUGAGUCAACCAAUUCCCACAUCAUACGCACCGGUUGCAGAAGGGAAUCCCAAGGCUCCCGCGAUCCAGCUACCCGAUGGCACCGUUCAGACGUCGGCGCUUCUAGUCCCGAAUAAUCAAUCCGCUCACUAUCGCAGCGGUCACGUCAACUUGGACACUUUCUCGCCCGUCAAUGAAAAUGGGAGCUUUGAAUUCGAUCGGGUCCUGAAGACUGGGAAGGUGUUUCGUCGCGUGAAGCACAAACAUGCAUUUAGGGCCUCCUGGAAACCUGCGUAUCUCGUUUUACGUCCCAAUCUUUUGUCGGUAUACAAGGAUGAGGAGGCUACAAGGCUCCGAGCCUCUAUCACAUUGUCUGAGGUCACGGCAGUUGCGUCGGUCAGGUCGCCCCGAUCCAACCGGCAGUACGUAUUUGGCGUUUUCUCUCCGUCAAAGAAUUAUCGUUUCCAGUCGUCUUCAGAAAAAGAUGCCGAAGACUGGAUUAGACAUAUCCGAUCAGAAACCCGCAUGGAUGAAGACGAAGAGGCCUUCCUCGCCUUAUCAAAGAAUAGCGACACCGUCGGGAACAACAAGCGCCGCAUCUAUGACACCACUGAUCACUCCGAUUUUGAUCAGCGCGGAAGACCAAGCUCGCCGGAAGUCGGGGAUUCAUUGUCACCUACUUACCAUUCGAGGCGUUUUGCCUCGCCUCAUGAUCACUCGGGCAAUGACAUCACGUCAUAUUCGGAAUGGUCCGAUGGGCCUGGGAGCAACAACGGCGUUCGCAUGACUUCGCCUUCCAUUCAGAACCAACCUGCAUCAGUUCACAGCGACGGGCAUUCCUCAAUACCGCGCAACGAGUCCGCAGUCCUUCGUGACCCGGAGAGAGUUGUAUGUAAUGGGUAUCUUCAGUGCCUCAAAAUCAAGGGAUCUAUGCGCCAAUGGAAGCGACUGUGGGUUGUGUUGCGCCCGAAAAGCCUUGGUUUCUACAAAGAUGAACAGGAAUACUCUGCCGUCAAAGUCAUUCCCAUGGCACAGGUGAUUGACGCUGCUGAAGUCGAUCCUAUGUCACGUUCAAAACAUUUCUGUCUCCAAAUCAUCGCAGAAGAGAAGUCGUAUCGACUAUGUGCGCCGGAUGAAGAAUCUCUUGCAAAGUGGCUAGGUGCUUUGAAGAGUAUUCUCGUCGCCCGCAAGAAACUGGAGCCUGCGCCCGGAGCAGCAGGCCUCCGUUAAAAGAUAUCCACUGUAUAACAUAUCCCGGAGCCUUUCGGAUUCCGCCCCUUUUAUACACUCCUUGAAGUUUUCUUGAUUUCACUUGGAUUCUGGCUAGUCUACUUCACU